GGAAAUGCUAUGGUUGGCCCUCUCUCUCUAUCUACCCUUUGUGUGGUGCCACUCAAAACCCAACAAAUAAUAUUAAUCCUUUACAAACCCUCCCUUUGAUCUCCACUGAUCUCCAAAUUCCCAAUUUCUUGUUUUUUUCUCCCUUCAAAAUUUGAAGACCAAAUAAAUCUAAUGGCCGCCGUCACCUCCGCCGCCGCUGCCACUGUCCGCACUUCUCUGGUGCAGAACCGCCUUCUGCCAUCAGCUUCACCCGCCCCUUUUCUUCUUGGGUUGCCUGCCUUGGGAAAGAAAGGAGGAGUGAGGUGUUCAAUGGAAGGAAAGGGAAAUGGAGAAGUAGAGAACAAAUCAAGCAACUUGGGAAUGGGGGCAUCGUUGAUAGCUGCGGCGUGUGCUGCAACGAUGUCAAGCCCGGCGAUGGCUUUGGUGGAUGAGAGACUGAGCACUGAAGGGACUGGGCUUCCAUUUGGUUUGAGCAACAAUCUUCUUGGUUGGAUUCUGUUGGGAGUUUUUGCUCUCAUUUGGGCAUUCUACAUUGUUUACACUUCUACUCUCGAAGAGGAUGAAGAAUCUGGCUUAUCACUUUAAGCCAACAUUUCUCCAUCUUACUUACUAUCAUUAAUUAUCGCUACUUUUGUUAUUGUUGUGGAUAUUUUGUCUUUGGCUUGAAUUCUGUAGAAGCUUUUGAAUUCAUAUCAUACAAGCCUUUCGUUGGGUAUCAAUGUAGAAAGCCGUGAAUGUGAUUCAUAACUAUGUGUCAUCGUUUCAUUUCUC